AAGGACAAGCUGGGCUCAGACCAGUUUGAGGACGAGUGGCAGAUUUACAAGUCUGCGCUGAAAAAGUCACGGAUAUUGGAAAAAACAACCUGGAUAGAUAUUCGCGGAAACCACGAUUCAUUUAACAUUGCAGACCUGAGCAGCAGCAAUAACUACUACAGGAAAUAUUCUGGAUGGCAAAAAGAAGGCUCCUUCCACUUUGUUCAUCACACCCCAUUUGGAAAUUAUUCUUUUAUUUGUGUUGAUGCCACCCUCACCCCAGGACCCAAGAGACCUUACAACUUCUUUGGGAUAAUUAAUCAGAGCCAGAUGCAGAAGUUGUCCAUGCUCGCCGCUGAGAGCCUCCAUAGUAAUCAGUCGGUGUGGUUUGGCCAUUAUCCAUCUUCGACCAUUGUGUCGCCUUCUCCUGGCAUCCGGGCAGUCAUGAGUUCAGCUGUGGCGUACAUGUGUGGUCACCUGCACACACUAGGAGGCUUAGCCCCGGUCCUGCACUCCCAGCAUCAACAAGGGACCUUAGAGCUGGAGUUGGGAGAUUGGAAGGAUAACCGAAGAUAUCGCAUCUUUGCCUUUGAUCACGACCUGUUCAGCUUCGUGGACCUGCAGUAUGACAAAUGGCCCGCCAUCCUUAUCACCAAUCCGAAAUCUGCGCUUUACACAAAUCCUGCAGAGGAGCCUUUACGACGGAUCCUCCACUCAACACAUAUCAGAAUCCUGGUAUUUUCUCCGGACCCGAUCACUUCAGUAAAGGUGUUUAUAGAUGGAAAUGAAGUAGGGGAGGCUGCGCACUCAUCUGGUCCAUUAUAUGUUUUAGAAUGGAUGGCUGAAAAAUAUAAGACUGGGCUCCAUGAGAUCAAAGUCAAAGUUGAGGAUGCAGCAGAAAGAAGUCUAUCUAGAAGCCACUUGUUCAGCUUAGAAGAUGAUGCUGCCGUCAGCUUUAGCAUUUUUCCAUCUCUAAUUCUUCUUAUGGAUCACUAUGUUUUGUCACAGGUCCUGUUCAUUCUGAUCGUACUGAGUCAGCUCAUUUUACUGAUUGUUUUCCGGAUCAAAAGGCGAACCGUUCUUAGGGGCCCCCCUGGAUGCUUCACACUGGCCUCCUUCUCCGUGCAUGUACUAUGUAAAUGCAAUACUUUCUUCUACACCAUCUUAGUGCUCAACCUCUACACAGCAGUAGGACCCUGGUUCAUUGGAGAAAUAAUUGAUGGCCAUGUCGGAGCGUGCUUUGCAUUUGGAGUGGUUGUUGGAGGCCAUUUCUUACAAGGAAGCCUGACGUAUAUGGUUGGAAUAACACAGAUGGUUUUCUUUAAUAUUCCCAUGACUAUGUAUCUCUGCUGGUGUCUGCUGCUGCGGUGUAGAGGCUUUGGUUUCUUCUCCCACCUGAAGAAUAGUAGGAAGAUUGUCUGCAUUCCCAUACACCUCUUCAUCUUUCUUUUGCUGGCAUGGCAGACCUACUCAGUCUUCUUCUUGAUGUUAACCUAUGGCACCUUGGCGGCCUUCCUUUCCCCAAUGAAGCUGUGGCUGGUGGUAGCCACGCUGGUGUUGGGUAGGAGAGUAUGGGUAUACAACUCUGCCGAACUGAGAUCAUACACAGUUGAGCUAAAGAAUUGCCAAAGUACUUGAUCCAAGCUCACCUGACGCCUAUAACAGGUGGGUUGUUGUGUGGUGCAUUCGAAUACUAUAACCUGAAACAACACACAGCACGCACACCAAGUUGUACCGGGACAGUUUACUACUUCCACUAGUUUUUAUUUGCUGGAUAUUUUUCUUCACAUGCAUCAAGUACAUCAACUGUCAGAUUGGAUUCAGUCGGUCAGAGCAGACUGGAAGGUGUCAAAUAGCAGAAGGAGAAAAACGUAUUCAGAUGCACAAUGCACACUUUCAACUGUCCAAGAAAUAACACAAGGUAAUAUUUUAAAGGGAAUGUAUCAUAUAAUGACAUCUUUUAUUAAAUCAGGUUUUUAUUAAAACUUUUUAUUUGAAAAGUAAACCUUAAAAAUAUUACACUGGCCACCGGAGGACACACAAUAAGCAGACAUGUCCUGCUUUUUGCAGCUCUCUUGUCAGCUUUGCCUCACAGACUGGGACAGAGUCGGCAGAGAAUAAUUUAAACAGUAUCUGUCAGCUGUGCUGACUUGUCCGGUUUAGUAAUUACUGACAGGUCCUCUUUAAUCCAAAAUGGAAGCACCCUAAAGUUCAAUUUUUUUUUUUUUUUAAGUGCUAGCUUUAAUCCAUAGUCGGCAAUCCAGUAGAAUCAUCUACUAGAUUGCAGACUAUGGAUUAAUGCAAGCACGUUGUUCACCUUUGUUUUAUUUUGGACUAUUUGAGGAGCUAUUUGGACUUGGCUCCCAUCUGGGCGAGCACCAACCCUUCUCUAUAUAGACAAUGCCUGCUGUAUUAUUUUUCUUUUAGGUCCCCUUGAAUCACAGUUCUAUUAUACUUCUGCCUAGAUGACACAAGAUAGCAAUAAGGCCUCAUGCACACGAAUAUAUCUAACGCAGAUUCACAAAAUUCUGAUGAGGUCCAGGUUGCAUCUGUUUUUUUUUGGGGGGGGAACCAAUUACGGUAACUGGGCAAGAAUAGGACGUUCUAUCUUUUCUGCAUCCGUAUGUCCGUUCUGCAAGGACAUAGAACAUGUCUUGUACUUGGCUGCGGACCAAGGCUCCAUUGAACUCAACGGGUCAGCAGAAAAACAGAUGCAACAUGGACGGCCUCCGUAUUUUGCAGAUCCACAUUUUGCAAGGCCCUGGAUACCUGAAG